UACCAAGGCGAUUGAUUCACACGCUAAUAACGAUCUGCAAAUCAGAUUCAAGGAUAAACUCGUAAAUUUUAAACACUCGAAACUUUUUGUGCAGUUGUACAUCUAUGAAUUGCGUUUUGCGUGAAUUAGGAUUCAUGCAUGUGCAAUUGGCUACGCGUGUGUGCAUCAUGUUUUUUGUGUGAAAUAUUAAUAAGACUGAUCUGGUUCCAACUCGUGCCUAUUGAUUUUGGAGUAAAACGUCUAGAGUUGGAAAUAGACAGAUGAUCGUCAUGGGGAUGAAAAUAAUCUUGCUUUCAUUUGUAAUUGCACACAUGUGCACUGCCACUGACGAUUUCUUCAUUGGCAGUUUUCUUGGUAAAGCAGACUGUAAUUUUACUCUGGACCAAGCAAAGCUCAACUGUUCCUCGCUAUCCAUCUCAGAUGAGGCUGUUCUCUUCCUCAAAGGCCUCCUGGUCACACGCGUCAUGCCCUCGUUCUACAUCUUCAUCAUCCUCUUUAGUUUGCCCCUGAACACUUUGGCCUUGGUGACGUUCACCUGUAAGAUUCAAGCGAAGAAACCAGCGGUGAUCUUCAUGUCUCACCUGGCGUGUGUGGACCUGCUCUUCACCCUGCUGCUGCCUCUGAAGAUCCACUACCAGCUGAACGCUUCAGAUUGGGUGUUCGGUGAGGUGGCGUGUCGUGUGAUCAGUGCAGCUUACUACUGCUACAUGUACUGCUCCAUACUGCUGAUGAUGUGCAUGAGUGUGGACAGACUGCUGGCCGUGGCGUUUCCCGUCGCCUCUCUAACCUGGAGGAGUACAAGGAAAGCCACCUACGUAUGUGUGCUGGUCUGGCUGCUGGCACUCGCUGGUACGGUGCCACUUCUCUCAAUGAGACAAACAGCUAAUAUUAAGGAUGUGGGCGUCACUUGUCAUGACACACUGCGUCAAAGCGAUCCUACAGUGCUGAAUUACGUGUACCUGUUCUCCAUCCUGUCCUGUCUCUACUUUUUCUUGCCGCUAGUCGUCACCUUAGUGAGCUACUUUACCAUAAUAUAUGUGCUCAGUGUAAAGUCUAACCGCUUAGCAACAUCAUCAUCAUCUUCAGACAACCAAAGGAGAGCUGUGAUUAUGGCUAUCGCUGUGCUGAUUGAGUUUGUGGUGUGUUUCGCUCCAACCAAUGGCAUCUUGUUGUACCACUGUGUUCAUUUAGCUGGAGGAAACAGCAGAGAGGGAGAUUCAUCAUAUGCUGCUUACCUGGUGGCUGUGUGUUUGGGAAGCGCAAGUGUUUUUCUAGAUCCUCUUCUGUACUACUAUGGCUCGUCUCAGUGCAGACAGAAGAUCAGAUCUGUGUUGAGGAGGGAAAAGGCAAAAAAGCAAACCACACCAAGUAACUCGCAGACAAAAUUCACACCUGUCUCAAACUAAGCUUGCAGUAAAGUGUGAAGUUUAAAAGAAAACUGAUCAGGCAUGUGGUUUUCCUAAUUGCCAGUGUCAGUAUAUUAUAUUAUGUAUGUAUUAUUCUUUAUCCUGUAUCCUAAGAAACAAAUUCAAAUCCUGCUAUAAAGCAGCUUUAAAAAGAAAAGACAAUCAUGACAUUAUUCAUCUUCAGUGUUGAUUUAUUUCAGUAAUUGUGUAAAGUCAAAAAAUAUGUAAAGUAAAGUAGGGUCUUUUCAUAGAUAUUUAGAUAUGCACUGCAUAUUUUACUUCCUAAAAUCUACACUGUUAAACUGUUGCCCGAAAUUUACUGUUGAUUGUACAGUUAUUUACUGUAAUCUACAGUGUUACUGUAAAGAUAGCAUGGACUAAAUUAAAACUUGUUACAUCAAA